UUUCGAUUUGGACUUGAAGUAGCAGUGAAAUGUCUCUGAAGCAUUAUGCAACUAAGGCGGGAGCGGGAACGGGAGCCUUCGGUCAUAAUCAAACAAUCCCGACCCCAUCAUCAGUUGCCACAACAGCGCCGGGAGCUUCGACAUCAUCCGGCAGCGAGGAUGAGGAGGAGCUGCUGCAGCAGCAGCAAUCCCAGGAGCACAUAUCCUCCUCAUCCUCAAUUACCACAUUCACCACCUACUAUACCAGCGGUCUGGGGCAAUAUCAUCAGCAACGCGGCGGCCAAGGAUCUGUCAGCUCUAGCGGCAACGGCGGAGGAGGCGGAGGAGGACCUGGCGGACCCCAAACUUAUGCAAAUGUUGUCAACGGAAAUGUGAAUCUGCUGCUUGGCGGGGCCAUGCUCUCCCUGGUGACGACCAUAUUGUGUGUGGUCUGCUAUUGUUGCCAUCGAAACAUCAAAAAGCGAACUGAGGCCGCCUACAGGCAGCAGCAGCACCAGUGGCUCGAAGGCGAUCCCAACAUGGAAAUAUACAGCGUCGAACAGUGCUACGAAACAUCGGGCCUGUUCCUGGGCGACUCCACCGAUGGCCUGUCUGCCGUGCCGGCCCUGCACCACGAGCCACCGCCCUCGUACGACGCCGUGGUGCUGCACGAGCAGCAGCUCCACCAGCAGCAGUUGGAGCAACAGCAGCAUCAACAGUUGCAACUGCAACUGCAACAGCAGCAGCAGCUCUUGAUGCAGCGCGUCUCGCCGCCGCCGGGUUACCGCUCCUCGCUGGACUUAAACUAUCAACAGCAGCAGCUGCUGCAGCCGGGGGCAAGUGGAAGCCGUGGAACGCCCGAUGGCAGCGUGGAUGCAAUGCCCAGCGGCAGUUCCGGUGGAUGUGGAGGAGGCGGAGGAGGAGGAGGAGGCGGCACUGGACUCCUGGUCAAUAAACAAUUGCAAUUGGCGCUUAAUGCCCAAUCCUGCUGCUCCCUGCAGCGGGCCGAGGUGGAGAGCAUGUGGAAUGCUGCGGCAGCGGCGGUGGCAGCACGCAGCGGAAAUUGUCUGGAAAUGGAAGCAUUGCAGCCGGCAGCGGCGCCGCCGCCUUCCCUGCCGCUGGCCCUCCAGGUGCGAAAGCCCGUGCAGAGCACCAGGUUGAAUACCUUUGGGCGGCGGUACCUGCAGCAGAGCCAUCAGCACAGUGCCACCCACUACCGGCGAGGCUGUCCGCUGUGCGGCAAGUUCCGAUACGAGAUCGAGGCGGAGGAUGAGCCCCUGACCGCUUUGUCUGUGGAGAGCGGCCUAAACAUGGGCGGCCGGCGAGAGGAAGAGCCAGAGGAGCUGCCAAACUGCCCCUGUCCCAGCGAUUGCGAUAAUGGCAACCACAUGGCAACCGGCGAUGCGCUGCAGGAUGCGGAAAAUGGGAACGUGGUGGAGGCAUCCACAUUGGAGGCAACGCCUCCUAACGAAGGCACUUCCUCCUCGCCGCCACAAACCGCUGUCAACGAUGAAAAUGACAACGCAGCAGCAGCAACAUCAGCAACAUUGGAAGCAUCUGCAACAGUAGAAGGAGCAGCAGCAACAUCGGACAGAGAAGCAACAACACCAACCGGCGGGGAGGCCGCGGGCAAUCAUCAGGCAGAGGAGGAGGGGGAGGAGGAGGAUUUGAACACCAUUAACGAGAACGGCAUCAUCAGCCUGGACAUGAGCAAGAUAAUUGACAGAUCGGGCCUGCCCACAUACGAGGGAGCUCUCAAACUGGAGUCCAGCGGUUAUGUGUGAGCCUAAUGGGGCGUCUGUAAACCAAAAACCUAAAUCACAAGUGUGCUUUAACUACGAUUAAGAUGAGUUUCGAUAUAUAUAUAUAUAAACUAGAGCCUGCCUGUAAGCCACGUUAUUAGCCACCUUACAGCCCCCAGAGAGUCUUAUGUUUCACAACAAAAGUUACAUGCACACUUCAAGAUUAUGCCUUUAAAGUAUUUUGUUUACUAGAGAGCGAUUCGGAGAGGUAUCCGAAGGGUAUUUUUCCUUACAUAGUAAGCUGGCAUUCCCCACACAAAUCUCUCUGGUAACAAAGGAAAACAAUAAUGUUAACGUUUAAAUGUCUAGAGCUAAGCCCCUUCUCAUCGUGCAUAUCCCUGUAAAAUGUUCGUUUCGAAUAUGAAUACUCGUAUC